UAUGGCCACUACGCUUUGAUCACCUGCGUGGCUAACGACCGAAGCGAGACGGGUUCCUUCGUGACCGAAUCCCCAUCAUCUCUUUCCCCCGUCAAAAUUCAAACAUGACGAAAUAAAAGAGCCAAAAAAAAAAAAGUUCGGCGUCAUAAAAGCGGAGCAGGGUCCUCAUCAGUUUCGCAAUCUCGGUACCCAGAAGUUUUUUUGUGUUUUCCUCUUCUUUUCUAACGGUGAUCAUGGCGAAGAUCAGGGUCGGAAUCAACGGAUUCGGAAGGAUCGGACGUUUGGUUGCUAGGGUUGUCUUGCAGAGCGAUGAUGUCGAGCUCGUUGCCGUUAAUGAUCCUUUCAUCACCACCGAGUAUAUGACCUACAUGUUCAAGUAUGACAGUGUUCAUGGGCAUUGGAAGCAUUACGAGGUGAAGGUGAAGGACUCGAAGACCCUGCUCUUUGGGGAAAAACCUGUAACCGUUUUUGGCAUCAGGAACCCAGAGGAGAUUCCAUGGGGUGAGACUGGCGCUGACUUUGUCGUGGAGUCCACCGGCGUUUUUACGGACAAAGACAAAGCUGCUGCUCACUUGAAGGGCGGUGCAAAGAAGGUUGUCAUUUCUGCCCCUAGCAAAGACGCCCCCAUGUUUGUAGUGGGAGUCAAUGAGAAGGAAUACAAGCCUGAUAUCGAUAUUGUCUCCAAUGCUAGCUGCACCACCAAUUGUCUUGCGCCAUUGGCUAAGGUAAUCCAUGAUAAGUUUGGCAUAAUCGAGGGUCUCAUGACCACUGUUCAUUCCAUUACUGCAACGCAAAAGACCGUUGAUGGUCCGUCUAUGAAGGACUGGAGAGGUGGAAGAGCUGCUUCCUUCAAUAUCAUCCCAAGCAGUACUGGAGCUGCAAAGGCUGUGGGGAAGGUUUUGCCAUCACUGAAUGGGAAGCUAACGGGCAUGGCUUUUCGUGUGCCAACUGUUGAUGUAUCGGUUGUUGAUCUGACCGUGAGGCUUGAGAAGAAGGCAUCCUAUGAUGAAGUGAAAAAUGCAAUCAAGGAGGAGGCGGAAGGGAGGCUGAAGGGCAUAGUUGGCUACACUGAAGAUGAUGUCGUGUCAACCGACUUCAUAGGAGACAGCAGGUCGAGCAUCUUCGACGCUAAAGCGGGGAUUGCGUUGAACGAUAACUUCCUGAAGCUUGUCUCUUGGUAUGACAACGAGUGGGGCUACAGCUGCCGCGUAGUCGACCUUAUCCGUCACAUGGCUUCUGCCGCCAAGUGAACGAAUGAAUACAACAGUGUCCGCACUUGGCACAGUGAACGCUGAAUGGGGGAUGUUAAAAAUAAUAAAAGCCGGCAUAUGUAAUAUAACUGCGUGUAGUUACAUGUGUGUUGUAGACCCAUUUGGAUCUUCUUCUAGUACAUCAAAUGUUGUUCCUCUCCAGUUUUUCUCUUGUUUGUUACAUAUAUUUUCAGAAUUAAGGAACGCCCACCAAUGGGCCUAUCUUGCUUA